AUGGAGUACGGAAAUGGAGGGGACAAAAUUUUCGACUUGAACUCAAUCAGUCGAGAGAAGUUGGAGUUGGUGGAAGUUUUCUAUGAUAAAAUGAAGGAUACAACAAAUGCGAAUGCAUUGUACUUGUACGCCUUGCAGAUCUUUAAGAUCUGUAACAUCCAUAACGAAUUGCCUCGUUUGGUGGUAUUUGGUCAGCAGUCCAUGGGGAAGACGACGCUUUUAGAUUUUAUCAUGGGAGGACCAAUGGGGUAUACGAGCUCAGACACAGGAACGAAGCAGCCAAUUGUGAUUAUACUAAAGCCUAGUGACACGAAUAAAAUAGAAUGCUAUUUGAAUAAGAAGAAAGUAAGCAUUGACGAUUUGCAUGAGAAAAUGAAAGCCAUUAUGGUUAACCUGAACGAGUCCAUUAUUCCCAAGGAGCUAGAAGUGGAAAUUUCCAUCCCAGGUGGCAUUUACGCUACGUUCGUCGAUUUGCCCGGAAUAAAGGACGAUUCCAAAGCGGGGUCAGAGCUGACGCGUAAAAUUGUCCGUAAUUAUGUGCAGAACUUCCCGAACGAUAUUUACAUUUUGGUGAAGAAGGCAUCGGACGAUCCGGCCAACUGGCCCUACCAUUUGAGGGAGUUUUUCAUGAAACCGAAGCCCAUGGGUCUUGGUCUACAAAACAAACAGUGCAUUGUCGUGGGGACAAGGGCCCUGGAAUUUCUGAACAAUGAACUGAGCACAAUAAAAACGCUCACGGAGCUGUACGAUAGGGUGAAGAAAAGAGGAAUCAUGGACCAUAAUGAUAAUAUUUUAUCACUCUACUUGUUGGAACUCUUUUCCAUACCGAUAGAACAGAAGGAAAAAAAUGACUUUCUAACGAACAGAAUUUCGAUGUACUCCAAGAUACUAAACGGAAGAAAGAACGUGCUAGACUUGCUGCUAAACAAAUUUGAAAAUGAUUGUAACGACUCCAUUAAGAAGGAGUUACUGGAUUGUUUCGAUGUGGAGAAAUUCAAACAAGAAGUGAAUAGCAAAUUUAUGAACAUCUUAAUACAGCAGUUACGUAAGGUAGAAGUGAAGCUAGAAAAAAAGAAAUCCAAGAUGGAAUUUUAUAAUAAAAAAUUAGAAGAGCUAUACAACAAAGGAAAUAUACUAAGCAUAAGAGAGCAAGUCAAAUUGUACAUACGAGAAUUGGUUAACAUCGUAUCUAAUUUGUUGACAGGAAAUUACCCCAUUUUAAAUUUGCCAAAUAAUGGGGAAGACUUUUUGAAAAAAUAUGGUGGAACUUUAAUGGAAAAUUUAAAAGACGGAAAUGAACUAGCGGUGGAGUUAUUUGAAAAGCAGGGAUUGUACGACGAAAACUUUCUUAACUACUUAAAUGAGUAUUUGUACAAAUAUGCAAAUGAAAAUGAUUUAAAUAAAUCCAUUUCGUCGGAGAGUAACUACGACAUCAAUAAUAUCUUGAACAACGACCUGCACAACAGUAACAGCAAUAAUAAUAAUAGUAGUAAGAGGGCGGAUACGUACGACACGCUAAACGAUAUGGAAAAAAAAAAUUUUGACAAUGUACCUUCUCUCGUGGAAGGGCAGCCUGUGAGAUUCAUUCUGGCCAAAGAGGAAAGCAGCAUGUUCGGCGUUGUCCAAAAUACACCCACAGACGCGAAAAGUAAAAAUAUAUUAGUCAGUUUUUACUUCAGAAAUAACAACACGGAGGAACAAGUGCAAAUAAAGUCCGUUGAAAAAGACCGAUUAACUGUUAUCAAGGCAGUCGAAACGCUGAAUGGCGAUCCUUCCUUUUUGAAUGGACUACAAGUUUGGUACAAAAUGAUAAGGGAUGAUGGAUGGGUUGGAUUCGACAAAGCAGAAAUUAUUAAAGUGUUUAACAACAAUAGCAAAAUUAAAGACGUGCUUAUCAGAAAUUUGUCGAAAAAUGAUGAAGUCAUAUCCAUAAAAAUUAACGACCUCUACAUGGAUUACGUAAGUGAUGAAAAUAAAGAGAAUGACGAAAAUGAAGAAAACGAAGAAAUGAAAGAAAAUGAUGAUGACAUACUUAAAAGAAUCGCAGGACCACACACCGAUUUGAAAAUCCUGAAUCAGUUAGCCAUCACCUAUAUUUGCAAAUGGCUCAAAUACAAUAUUGCAAAAAUCGAACCGGAAAAAGAUUUCUCAGAUGAAGUGCUCCUACAAAUGAUGAGAAGUAUUCACAACAUCGUCGAUCAGAGUGACUGGAAACCAUUAGUUGUUGAUCUGCUCCAAGCCAAUAUAAGUGGAAAUAUUUUACAUCUCACCAAAUUAGCUAGCUGCUCAGCUGCCGUAGCAUUAAAUAGAGUAUUCAAAGCAGGCUUGGGAGAAAUUAAUAGAAAAAUUAAAAAUAAUUACAUGGAUGAAAAUAUAUAUCUGUUAAGCACAAAUCCCAAGUUCUUGGACGAAUUGAAUCAGGCCUUGCAUAAUUUCUGCAAAGAAAGAGCCAUUAGUUGUGCCAGCGAAAUGAAAGACAUUGUUUUUGAGCAAACAUAUGCUGUACAUUUCGAAAUCAUCGAAGAAAUUUUCGAUGGCUGCAAACUGUUUGAAGAUAACUUCCUCACGCCUAGUGGUGUUAAACCCACCAUGUCCAUAAUUACCAAAAAUGUGAAACAGAAUUUGGCAUACAGAAACCAUCAAUUGUCCCUAACUGACAUUAAAAUUAACAAAAAGUCAAAGUCGAAGGAACUCAUACAGGAGGAGGUAAAGCUACAGUUUUGGGCCAUCAAAAUGCUCAUAUCCGUGCCCUUCGCAACUAAGAUUUAUGCCCAUUUUCUGAACAACAUCUUGCCCAAAAAUAAGCACCUGGCCAAUGUCCUGGACUACUCGAUUGACUGCGAGAGCACGCUGGAGAAGUACAUCCAAAGCAAAUUGCUCAACCGGGAGGUGAACGGUGUCCUGGUCCCAAUUGAUGACAAGGAGCUGAUGUCACACUACAACAUCAUCGACAAUAGAGACAACCUUUUGAGAAAGCUGGAAAACCAGAAGAGGCUCAACCAAUACUUUACCAUCGUUGCAAAUUCGAUCAAGCUACUGAAAAAUAAUUUAUCGAAGGAGAGCACACUUGAUUUUGUAACGAAGUUGGAUUUUGGUCAAGAAAAAAAAAAUUGGCAUCGAGGGGGUACGUAA